CGAGCACUGGRCUACUUGCUAGAACAACACAAUGUUGUACUUGUUAAUAAUCCUGUCUCAUCUAGCUGUUGUCUUGGCGGACGACGAUAAAACCUUUGCUUUGAAAUAUCUUGAUCAGUACCAUUACAUAUCACCAACCCGCUCAGGGACCCAUGACGUCAAUAAAGCCAUUAAAAACUUCCAGCAGUAYUUCCAUCUACCGGUCAGCGGUAAACUUGAUGAGGCUACAGUUGGCCUAAUGAAGAAAUCAAGAUGCGGUGUGUCUGACGAAGAGGGUGGUGCUAGGAGACGUAGAUAUGUCACGGUAGGGAACUGGGGCAAGACGAACUUGACUUAUUAUGUGGACUACGGUGAUGAUCUGGGUAAACAAGUACAGGACCGUAUUUUYUACAAAGCAUUUCAAUUUUGGGCCGACGUAUCUAUGGUAACCUUCACUCAGGUUGAUUCACCGAAAAAGGCUGACAUUAAGAUCAGCUUUGGGUAUAAAAGUCAUGAUGGGACUACAGGUGAACAUAUGUGUGCCUAUCCUUUUGACGGCGAAGGAGGUGUUCUUGCGCAUGCGUACUUUCCAGACGACGGCCGCGCUCAUUUUGACGAGGCAGAAAGGUUCACCCAUGAGAGUCUAGACGGUACGGAUCUAUUGUGGGUCGCUACACACGAGUUUGGUCAUUCCCUUGGUUUAGAACAUACCAACAUUGAGGGUGCUGUGAUGUAUCCAUACUACAAUGGCUAUAAACCUAACAUGAAACUACACAGUGAUGACAUUGCGGGGAUACAGUCGCUUUAUGGUGCACCACAGAAAACAAACCCUACAAAACAACCACUCACAACCCCUGUAUGUAAGGAUAAGUUGGAACACUGUCCCGCUUACAAAAAUGCAAACUAUUGCUCUAUAUACAAAGAAGAAAUGAGUUACUGGUGUGCUAAGACUUGUGGUCUUUGUUAACAGAUCAAUGAAAACUCAAGAAAUUAUAAAUGGACUACUGGGUUAACUGUUUGGGAUAUCUGCAAGAUUAAUAGCUGUAUAGAUUUAAACAAUAAACGUUUAGUCGGA